CGGUUUCAAAUAAAAAAACAAUACAUUAACAUCUGAGAAGUUUUAUAUGAAUAUAUAGGAUAUCUGAUAAGGAAAAUAAAAAAUUUGAACUUUUUACUAUUAAUGAUUUUGUUCGUAGUCUUCAAAAUUUUGAAUCAGUCGAAGAAACAACCAUAAUCCUUUGGAAUAUUAUCAAGUACAAUGGCAACUUUACUGAAAUUGCAAAUUAGUGGUAUACGUAGUUUUGGACCAUUUGAGGAGCACAUUCAAACCAUCUCUUUCGAUACGCCCGUUACUCUUUUAGUUGGACAAAAUGGUUGUGGCAAAACAACAAUUCUGGAAGCCAUAAAAUAUGCCUGUACAAGUGACCUACCAGGUGGUACAGCAAGAGGUCAAGGCUUUGUUCAUGAUCCAAAAAUUUCUGAAAGAGGUGAAACCAAAGGUCAAAUUAAACUAAAACUCAUCGAUGUCAAGGGGGAUACUUAUACAAUUGUGAAGACUGUAAAAGUAGUCCAAGGAGCUAAAACAAUGUCCUUCAGUUCUCUCGACUCUGCCCUAAAUAUUGCCUAUGCCAAUGGUGAAACAGGACAUAUAUCAGGUAAAUGUAUUGAGAUUGAUAGGCACUGUGCACAAAUCCUUCAAAUAUCUCCAUGUAUUUUGAAUAAUGUUCUAUUCUGCCACCAAGAAAAUUCUUCAUGGCCACUUGAUGAAGGUAAAAAAGUAAAAGAAAAAUUUGAUGAGAUAUUUGAUUCUAAAAAGUAUAAUAAAUGUGCUGAACUUCUUUCUAAAUCAUUAGCUGCAAAAGAUUCUAAAAUCAAAUUUCUCAAAUAUGAAGUAGAAACUAAAAAGGAGAAGAAAAUUGAAGUUAAUAAAAAGAAAAAGCAUUUGAAUGAGAAGAUAGAGAAAUGCAAAGCCCUUGAAGAUGAAAUUCUGAAUAAAAUUGAAAUAUUAGAACCGUCUAAAAUACGUUUAGAAGAAAUUGAAGAAUUAGAAGAGGUAUUAGGAAGAUUGCAAAAGCAACUAACUAGUAAAGAAGCAGAAAGGAAAGGGUUAAUUCAACAGCAAAAUAUGCUGAAGCAAAAUAUAACUGAUAUUUUCCAAGGAGAUGAUGAAGAACUGCAGGUGAAAAUAUCGGAAUUUGAACAAGAUCAGAGAAAAAAAGAAGUAUUAAUAAAAGAUUUAGAAGAUAAAAGGAAAGAAAUGACUAAAAAUGAAACUUUAAUAAAUGCAGAAAUUCAAAAAGAACAAAUUAAACUUGGACAGCUAAGAGAAGAAAAAAAACAAUUUGAAAUGAAGAUUAAUAACAGAAAUACUCUUUUUGAAAAAUCAAAAGUAUCUGUAGAGAUAGAAGGUCCUUUCACGUGGAACUCAGUUGAAGAUUCAUUGCAAGCUAUAAGUAAACUCAAAAUGAAACUUCAAGAAAUUGAUAAUAACUUUGACAAUUUUGUUAAGACGAAAAAUGAAGAAGAAUCUUUUGUGCAAGAGAAAAUUGAUAAAGCUAGAGAAGCCUUGGCCACCACUAAAGAAAAGGUUAAAGCUACUACCACAGAUAUAAGUAAAAAUAAUGAAAAGAUUCUGCAAGUGAAAAAUGACAUACAGGAACUAGAUGUUGCCAACAGUCGACUGCUUGCCAUCAAUAGAAAUAUUGAGAAUUUAACAAAAACACUAUCUAAUCUCCAAAGUAAAUUUAAUGAAGAAACAAUAAAAACUGAAAUUAAUAAUAGUAAAAAGGAAAUAAGUAGUAUGGAGACAAAAUUAGAAGAAUUGGAAAAUCUUUAUAAAGUCCUACAACAUAAUUAUGUGGUGGAAGUAAAGUUAAAUUCUGAAGAACAAACAAAAAUUAUGAAAGAAACAGAGUUGAAUAAAAUUAUGAACAGGCAUUCUACUAAUUUUCAGUAUAUAUUCAAUGGAGAGGUUCCAAAAGAUAAGAUAGGAAAAAAAGUUCAAGCUAUUCUGGGUUCUAACGAGAACAAAAUCAAAAUACUUAAUUCAGAAAUUAGUACAAAGCAGAAAGAAAUCACUAAACUCGAAACACAAAUACUGCACCAAAAAAAAGAUAUUGAAAAAGUUGAAGCGGAGCUGAAAUCUAAAAAAAAUGAAAUAACCUCGAUCUGUCGCGAAAAUGAUUACAAUACUUUGCUGAAACAAACGUUUGAAAGAAAAGAGAAAAUUCAAAAGGAAAAAGGUCAAUUAAGCUCUGGAAAAAUUAUGUACGAAAAGUUCAUUGAAGAAUUUGAAAAAGAAAAAUCUUGUUGUCCUAUCUGUGAAACGGACUUCUCUGGGAAAAGUUCCUUAAUUUUAGCUAUUGUUGAAAGACUAAAGCAAAAAAUUAUAUCCCUUCCUCAAAAAUUGAAUGAAGUGGAAACAAAUUUGAAGAAAGAAGAGAAGUUUUAUAAUAAAUUACAACAACUCAAGCCAGUCAAUGCCAAUAUCUUAGAAUUAUCGGAUAUAAAAUUACCAUUAUUAUGUGAAGAAUUAGAAGAUAAGCAAAAGCAGUUGAAUAAUUCAGUAGAGGAAUUAAGUAAACUGAAUGAGGAUUUGAAAGUUCCUACAAAAAUUGUUGAGAUCUGUAGAAAAGUUUUGACAGAUGCUACUCUCCUUGAUCAGUAUGACGCAGAUAUAAGGACUAGUGAGGGCAAUAUCAAGGAACUACAAAAUCAAAUGGAAACGGUAAAUACAACAAAAAAUAAGCAUGAAGUUGAAAGUGAACUAGAGAAUUUGAAAACUGAUUUAAAUGAUCAAAGAAAAAAAAACGAUAGUCUAAGACAAAAACUAGAUAAACAUGAACAUCAAAUUAAAAAAAUCAAAGAAGAUAAAAGCAAGGAAUUAGAGCUUCAACUGAAAUAUCAAACACAAGCAAAUAAUAAGCCACAUCUUGAGAAACAACUGGAAGAAUUAUCAGAUAACCAAAGCUGCCUUCUAGUUGAAAAAGAAGAACAUCAAUCAGAACUGAGUAAACUUGAAGAAGAUCUCAGAAGUUUGAACAGUGCAAAGGAUAAACUGAGUGUUAAUAAUGAAAAAUUGAUAAAUAAUCAGAGAGUGGAAAAUAAUAAAAAACACAAAUUAGUCGAGGAUAUAAUUAAAUUAGAUAAUGAAAUCACACAAUAUAGAAACAGGAAUUCUGAGAAUAUUCUUCAAAAUCAAAUUCAACAGGUUGCAGAACUUGUAGAUCGUAGAAAAGAUCUGGUCGAGAUAAAAAAUGAAACAAUAAAUAAAAUAACAGAAAAAAAAGAGGAAAUAGCCAAACAAGCAACUGAACUAAGAGAAUUGCAGGACAAUGUCACACUCAGAGAAAAACAAAAAACAGAAGGUCUCUUGGUGAUUGAAAUAACAAAGUUAGAAAAUAAAAUUGGAACUUACAAUUACAAGUCGGUAUAUGAUGAGAAAAUGAAAUUAAAGAAGAAAAUUGAACUGGGAGAAAGGGACAUCAAUAGCUUGAAAGGUCAGGAAAUGGAGCUCAAAAACACAAUUGAAGAUAUGGAGAAAGAACUAGACUUGCCGGAAAAUAAGAAUUCAGAAAAACUGUAUAAAGAAAAAUUCUAUGAAUUGAAACUCAUGGAGAAGCUUGUUAGUGAUUUAAGAAUAUACAUCAAAGCUUUGCACCAUUCUGUUCUGGAGUUCCAUAAAGAACGAAUGGUUCAAAUAAAUUUUAGAAUAAGAGAAUUAUGGCGAAAUAUAUAUAAAGGCAACGAUAUUGACUAUAUAGAAAUUCAAACUAAGGAAUCCAGUACUACUUCUUUAACGAGAAAAACUUAUGAUUAUAAGGUUAUUCAGAUAAAAAAUGGAGUGGAGUUAGAGAUGAGAGGAAGGUGCAGUGCUGGUCAAAGAGUUCUGGCUUGUUUAAUUAUUCGAAUGGCUUUGGCAGAGUCUUUCAGCUCUCAUUGUGGAAUAUUGGCAUUAGACGAACCUACUACAAAUUUAGAUAAAGAGAAUGUUCAUAGUUUAACAUAUGCCUUGUCCAAUAUAAUUACUUCUCAUAUAAACGAUAACAAUUUUCAACUCAUUGUUAUUACUCAUGACCAGGAGUUCCUAGAUACUUUAAGGCACAAUGUGCAAAACAUUUCUCAUUACUGGAAAGUAAGCCGAAACUCCAGAGGAUACUCCGUUAUUAAGAAGGAACGUUUGUAAAUUUUUGUUAUAUCUAAUGCUAGGUAUUUGUUUUGUAGAUGAAAUCGCUAAAAAUAUUUAUAUUUCAUAUUUUUGUUUAGAAUAAGAUGUUAAUUUGUUAUCUCUUUACUUUAAAUAAAGAUUAAUAUCUCUA